AUGCAUACCUCAUACCUUUCUUUGGCGGUGUUCGCCCUCACCGCAGCAGCUGCACCUUCGUUCCCUAAGCCCAACGGCGAUCCUUUCGCCAAUAGCUUUCCUUUUAUCACGUCCGGCAGUUCAAGUGUCGCCGAGAGUGAUGAUGAUGGCAUGACAAACCCCAUUCCUGCCUAUAUGGCUGCUAUGGAAGCUGUUGAGUCUGCUCGAGGCGGCUCUUACAACACACCUCAGCCAACUAGCCACGUACCGCAGUAUGUGGCUCCUCAGAUGCAGCAGAUCCCUUCUCCAGCACCGAAGGCGGAGCCCAUGGUCUUCAAGCCCCAGCCGGCGGAGGUUCCUGUAAUCGCUGAACAUGUCCCCAAGAUCCAGCCACCGGCACCGAAGCCAGAGCCAGUUGCGCCUAAGCCAAAGCCGGCUGAGAUUCCUGUGGUCGCUGAGCAUGCCCCAAAGGUCCAGCAAAAGCCUGAGACUAAGGAGACUGUUCCUCUCUCAGAUCCUGUUGCUGAGAACCCGGUUCCUAAAGAGCCCAUUCCUGCUAUCCCGGUUGCUCCUGUUGCUCCUGCACCCACGUCUUCUCACCAUGCUAAGCCUGAAUUUGUGUCCUCCGCUAUUGCUGAGGCUAUGGGCCAAGCCACCGCUGAGGCUGUUCCUACCGAGGACAUUCCCGAGCCAACCCAGGCUCCUGUGACUAUCAAGCCUGUUCUUCCUUCUCACGUUGCCAUGCACUCUUCCAAGACACACUCCUCGAAGGCUGAGCCUAAGAGUAUUGCGGCUCCUUCUAGCUCUAUGGCUGUCCCCAAGCCGGCUUCUAUCCCCAUGGCUCCUUCCAGCUCCAUGGCUCCUUCCAGCUCCAUGGUUCCCUCCAGCUCCAUGGCUGCCCCCAAGCCGGCUUCUACCUCCAUGGUUGUCCAAAGCUCUCAUGCUCGCCCGACUCCCACUUCUGCCAUGAGCAGCUUCGUUUCUAAGGCUUCUCUCUCGUCCACUCACCGUCCCAUGCACUCUAUGGGCAUUCACGAGGGCCACGUCUCGUCCAGCAAGCAUCAUGCCACUCCCUCGAGCUCCGCUAGCGUCUCUGCCAGCGCUACUCCUUCAGCUAAGGCCGGUCUUCUCGGUCUUGGUCAGCUUGUUGACCACGUGCCCGUUGUUGGUGCCAUGCUCGGUCCUCUUAUCGGUGGCUAA